AGUCCCAACUCAGGGAAUGGGAGUUAAAUCCAUGUUGGCCUGAGGCUGUAGCAGCAGUAGGUAUGGUGAGCAUUGAUGUGCUGACAUCCAGGUUUUUUGCAUAUGACCAAAUGUACAAUCAUGAUCUGCGGGAGCAGAGCUUUGCAGACUGGCCAUUUAGAGAAGAUUGCAACUGCACACCUGAAAAGAUGGCUAAGGCUGGUUUUGUCCACUGUCCCAGUGAGAAUGAACCAGACGUCGCGUGCUGUUUCUUCUGUCUUAUCGAGCUAGAGGGCUGGGAGCCAGAUGAUGAUCCCUGGUCUGAGCAUGCAAAACGCUCCCCUAACUGUGGAUUCUUAUCCAUGAAGAAAGACUUCACUGAGCUCACUGUGCGUGAAUAUACUCAACUAGAAAAAGACAGGCUGAAGAUCUAUUUGAGGAAAAGUUGUCAUAAGAAGUUGGCAUCAAUGCGUGAUGCUGUUGAUCAACUACUUGAGAGCCUAAAAUCUCAGCUGGAAUCAAUAGAAUAACUGUUAUAAACUUCUGUUUCUGUGUAAUGGAAUUACAUUUUAAAUGAGCAAUAAAGUUUG